AUGACACACGAGAUCGCCUUUACAGAAAGCAUCAGAAAGACAAUUACGGCCUUUGACUUCGAGCCCAAUGGAUACUGGAGCUUCCACGAUUACACAGGGAACGGAACCGCAGACCUUAUAUACAUCAAAACUAAAGAGACCGGAUCCGGGUGUGUCGAAAUCCACGUCGCCUCGAGCGAAUCCAACUAUGAAGAAUUCGCUCUCCAGAUCCCCACCGUAUUCGAGAUCGAAAGCGAGCCCCCGGAAAACGGGACUUUUGUGAUGGGACACUUCGCCGGUGAUCCCAAACCAGAUUUAAUCUUUAUCAAAACCAAAAACACUGGAACGCACUGUGUAGAGGUCCACGUCGCCAGUGCUGCCUCAGACUAUCAAGAAUACUACCUACAGACUCCAUCUGUCUUCGCAGAAACGGGUGCCAAUCUUGGAACAUGGACUAUGGCCGACUUUAACGGUGAUGGAUCUCUUGAUCUCAUAUACAUCAGAACUCGUAGUAUCAUGUCGGGCUGUCCCGUAAUCUGGGUUGCCGGUGGAUUCAGCGACUUUCAGAAAAAGAUAUACGACCGGCAAAUGGGUGUACAAGCGCCUACUACUGGCCGCUGGACCUUCACUAGGAAUAUGAUAAGCAAGAAGCUCGAUUUCGUUUGGGUGAAUACUGGGUUCACAGCAUCUGGGAAAGUGGAGGUUUUUGUACUCCCCGGUUCAAACGGUUAUCAACGAUGGGGUACUGCAUUCCAGUCCACUUUCGACACAAAUUACUAUAAUGAUCCUAUUUCUAGUGUAAUGGUCGCAAAGUAUACCGAGGAUUCUCCAUUCUGUCUUGUGCAGGUCAAAUGGGGGGAUACUACCUUCAUGACAACAGAGCUGGAGGUUCUUAAAGUAUGGGGCCACGGCGCGCAACCGGACGAAUGGAUAUGA